AGGAGCCGCUCCCGCCGCCCACCCCGACCGCUGCCCGAGCUGCCCGUAGGCCCGGCAGCGGACAAAGGGCCAUGCGGUGCUGCAGGCGCUGAGCGCAGCAGGGUGGGCCGGGGGAUGUGGGGCGGGGCAGGCAGGGCCGAGGGGCCGCAGCGACGCCCCUGAGUGUGGCGCCGCGAUGCCGUGGUUCCCGGUGAAGAAGGUCCGCAAACAGAUGAAGCUGCUGCUGCUGUUGCUGCUGCUCACCUGCGCCGCGUGGCUCACGUACGUGCACCGGAGUCUGGUGCGCCCGGGUCGCGCGCUGCGCCAGCGGCUGGGCUACGGGCGAGAGAGUGAGAAGGCGACUGGUGUGACGGACGGACGGGGUGUCCGAGUGGGAUCAUCCAUGCAGAGGGCAGAGGACUCUAGUGAAAGUCAUGAAGAGGAGCAGGCGCCUGAGGGGCGGGUCCCAAACAUGCUGUUUCCUGGAGGAGCGAGGAAGCCGCCGCCACUGAACCUCACCCACCAGACACCCCCAUGGCGGGAGGAGUUCAAAGGACAAGUGAACCUGCACGUGUUUGAGGACUGGUGUGGAGGUGCUGUGGGCCACUUGAGAAGAAACCUGCACUUCCCACUAUUUCCUCACACUCGCACUACCGUGACAAAGUUAGCUGUGUCCCCUAAAUGGAAGAACUAUGGACUCCGUAUUUUUGGCUUCAUCCACCCAGCCAGGGACGGAGACAUCCAGUUCUCUGUGGCUUCGGAUGACAACUCUGAGUUCUGGCUGAGCUUGGAUGAGAGCCCAGCGGCCGCCCAGCUUAUAGCCUUUGUGGGCAAGACUGGCUCUGAGUGGACCGCACCUGGAGAAUUCACCAAGUUCAGCUCCCAGGUGUCUAAGCCUCGGCGGCUCAUGGCUUCCCGGAGGUACUACUUUGAAUUGCUUCACAAGCAAGAUGACAAGGGCUCAGACCAUGUGGAAGUGGGUUGGCGAGCUUUCCUGCCUGGUCUGAAGUUCGAGAUCAUUGACUCUGCUCACGUUUCCCUGUACACAGAUGAGUCGUCUCUGAAGAUGGACCACGUGGCUCAUGUGCCUCAGUCUCCAGCCAGCCACGUAGGGGGUUACCCACCACAUGAGGAGCCCAGCGCCGACAUGCUGCAGCCAGACCCCAGGGACACGUUCUUCCUCACUCCUCGGAUGGAACCCUUGAGCCUGGAAAACGUACUGGAGCCCUGUGCCUAUGCACCUACCUACGUCCUCAAGGAUUUCCCCAUAGCCAGAUACCAAGGACUACAGUUUGUGUACCUGUCCUUCAUCUAUCCCAAUGACCACACCCGUCUCACUCACAUGGAGACAGACAACAAGUGCUUCUACCGUGAGUCCCCACUAUACCUGGAAAGGUUUGGGUUCUAUAAAUACAUGAAGAUGGACAAGGAGGAAGGAGAGGAAGAUGAGGAAGAAGAAGUUCAGCGUAGAGCCUUCUUAUUCCUCAACCCAGAUGACUUCCUGGAUGACGAAGAUGAACAGGAACUGUUAGACAGCCUGGAGCCCACUGAUGCAUCCCUACAGCAGAGCCACAAGACCCCCACCCCAGCAGCCUCCACUGGGACUACAGCUACCCGUACCCCACCUACAGCCAGUCCUUUGGACGAACAGACCCCCAGACACUCCCGAGCACUAAACUGGGCCCCACGCCCCCUGCCCCUCUUCUUGGGGCGCGCUCCACCUCCCAGAACUGUGGAGAAGUCUCCCUCAAAGGUGUAUGUGACCAGGGUACGACCUGGACAGCGGGCUUCCCCAAGGGCAUUGAGAGACUCGCCCUGGCCACCCUUCCCUGGUGUCUUCCUGCGCCCCAAGCCUCUGCCCAGAGUACAGCUGCGGGUGCCCCCACAUCCACCUCGGACCCAGGGCUAUAGGACCAGUGGCCCCAAGGUCACAGAACUAAGGCCUUCAGGUAGGGCACAGACCACCCAGGGAGGCCGGGGAGGUCAGCUUCAUGGACAGGGACUGAUGGUGCCCACAGUGGACUUGAACUCCUCAGUGGAAACACAGCCAGUGACCUCCUUCCUGAGCUUGUCUCAAGUGUCCAAACCACAGCUGCCUGGAGAGGGUGAAGAAGGGGAGGAGGAUGGUGCCCCUGGUGAGGAGGCCACCUCAGAAGACAGUGAGGAAGAGGAGGAGCAGGCCGCUGGGCGGCCACUGGGUCGCUGGCGUGAGGAUGCCAUUGACUGGCAGCGCACGUUCAGUGUGGGUGCCAUGGACUUCGAGCUGCUGCGUUCUGACUGGAAUGACCUACGCUGCAACGUAUCCGGGAACCUGCAGCUUCCUGAGGCCGAGGCAGUGGACGUGGUGGCUCAGUACAUGGAGCGGCUUAAUGCACGACAUGGCGGGCGCUUCUCGCUUCUGCGCAUCGUGAACGUGGAGAAGCGCCGCGACUCUGCACGCGGAAGCCGCUUCCUCCUGGAACUGGAAUUACAAGAGCGCGGAGGCAGCCGCCAGCGCCUGUCAGAAUAUGUCUUCCUGCGAUUGCCCGGAGCCCGCUUUGGGGACGAGGAUGGAGAAAGUCCCGAGCCCCCGCCUGCCGCCUCCAUCCGCCCAGACGGUCGCCCAGAGCUCUGCAGGCCGGUGCAUCUGGCCUGGCGUCAGGAUGUGAUGGUUCACUUCAUUGUGCCAGGUGUGUGCCUCCGUGAAGCGGGUGGGGGCGGCUUGGGGAAAGGGCAACGCUAA